GAGGGAGGCGCGGAGGCGGCGCGUGGGACAGUAGUCAGCGAGCCUCAAGGUCCCAGCCAGCAGCGCCCAGCGGCUCUUCUUUCCAGCGCGAGCCGCCGCCACCACCCUCACCGAGAGUCCGGUCCCUAGGCUGAGAAGCUCAGUCCGCGGAGCGGCCUCCGGGGGACACUGUUGGGCGAGAGGAACGCGCCCUUGCCUUUGCCAUAGCCUAGUGCGCGGGCGGCGAGAUGAGGGUCAGCGAGCGGGCUGCGCCGGUGCUGCGGCCUCGGGGGCGGCUUUGGCCGAUGUUGGCUGUGCUGACGGCCGCCGCGGUGUGUUGCGCCCGGGCAGCCAUGGACGAGUGCACGGACGAGGGCGGGCGGCCGCAGCGCUGCAUGCCUGAGUUCGUCAACGCCGCUUUCAACGUGACCGUGGUAGCCACCAACACGUGCGGGACUCCGCCCGAGGAGUACUGUGUGCAGACCGGGGUGACCGGGGUCACAAAGUCCUGUCACCUGUGCGACGCUGGGCAGCCCCACCUGCAGCACGGGGCAGCUUUCCUGACCGACUACAACAACCAGGCCGACACCACCUGGUGGCAAAGCCAGACCAUGCUGGCCGGGGUGCAGUACCCCAACUCCAUCAACCUCACGUUGCACCUGGGAAAAGCUUUUGACAUCACCUAUGUGCGCCUCAAGUUCUACACCAGCCGCCCGGAGAGCUUCGCCAUUUACAAGCGUACACGGGAAGACGGGCCUUGGAUUCCUUACCAGUACUACAGUGGUUCCUGCGAGAACACCUACUUGAAGGCAAACCGUGGCUUCAUCAGGACAGGAGGGGAUGAGCAGCAGGCCUUGUGCACAGAUGAAUUCAGUGACAUUUCUCCUCUCACUGGGGGCAACGUAGCUUUUUCAACCUUAGAAGGAAGGCCCAGCGCCUACAACUUUGACAAUAGCCCUGUGUUGCAGGAAUGGGUAACUGCCACUGACAUCAGAGUCACUCUCAAUCGCCUCAACACUUUUGGAGAUGAAGUGUUUAAUGAUCCCAAAGUUCUCAAGUCCUAUUACUAUGCAAUAUCUGAUUUUGCUGUGGGUGGCAGGUGUAAAUGUAAUGGACAUGCAAGCGAGUGUCAGAAGAAUGAAUUUGACAAGCUGGUGUGUAAUUGCAAACAUAAUACCUAUGGAGUAGACUGUGAGAAAUGCCUUCCCUUCUUCAACGACCGACCAUGGCGGAGAGCAACUGCCGAGAGUGCCAGCGAAUGCUUACCCUGUGACUGCAAUGGCCGAUCACAUGAAUGCUUCUUUGACCCUGAACUAUACCGUUCCACUGGACACGGUGGCCACUGUACCAACUGUCAGGGUAAUACAGAUGGCGCCAACUGUGAGAGAUGCCGAGAGAAUUUCUUCCGCCUUGGGAACAAUGAAGCCUGCUCGCCAUGCCACUGUAGUCCUGUUGGCUCUCUGAGCACACAGUGUGAUAGCUAUGGAAGAUGUAGCUGUAAGCCAGGGGUGAUGGGUGACAAGUGUGACCGUUGCCAGCCUGGAUUCCAUUCCCUCACUGAGGCAGGAUGCAGGCCAUGCUCUUGUAAUCCUUCUGGCAGUAUAGAUGAAUGUAAUGUGGAGACGGGAAGAUGUGUCUGCAAAGACAAUGUUGAAGGCUUCAGUUGUGAGAGGUGCAAACCUGGAUUUUUCAAUCUGGAAUCAUCUAACCCUAGGGGUUGCACACCCUGCUUCUGCUUUGGACAUUCUUCUGUCUGCACAAAUGCCGUUGGCUACAGUGCUUAUUCUGUAACCUCUACCUUUCAGAUUGAUGAGGAUGGGUGGCGUGUGGAACAGAGGGACGGUUCUGAAGCAUCACUUGAGUGGUCCUCUGAGAGGCAAGAUAUUUCCGUCAUCUCAGAUAGCUACUUUCCUAGGUACUUCAUUGCUCCUGCGAAGUUCUUGGGCAACCAGAUGUUGAGUUAUGGCCAGAACUUCUCCUUCUCUUUCCGAGUGGACAGGCGAGACACUCGCCUCUCUGCAGAAGACCUGGUGCUCGAGGGGGCAGGCCUGAGAGUAUCUGUGCCCUUGAUUGCACAGGGCAACUCCUAUCCCAGUGAGACCUCUGUGAAAUACAUCUUUAGGCUCCAUGAAGCAACAGAUUACCCUUGGAGACCUACUCUUACCCCUUUUGAAUUUCAGAAACUCCUCAACAACUUGACAUCUAUCAAGAUCCGUGGGACAUACAGUGAGCAAAGUACUGGGUAUUUGGAUGAUGUCACCAUGCCAAGUGCUCGUCCUGGGCCUGGGGUCCCUGCAACAUGGGUGGAGUCCUGCACCUGCCCUGUGGGAUAUGGAGGGCAGUUCUGUGAGAUGUGCAUCUCAGGCUACAGACGAGAAACACCAAGUCUUGGACCAUACAGUCCCUGUGUACUUUGUACCUGCAAUGGACACAGUGAUACCUGUGACCCUGAGACAGGUGUUUGCAACUGCAGAGACAACACAGCUGGCCCCCACUGUGAAAAGUGUAGUGAUGGGUACUAUGGAGAUUCAACCACGGGCACCUCUUCUGAUUGCCAACCCUGCCCAUGUCCUGGGGGCUCAAGUUGUGCUGUUGUCCCCAAGACAAAGGAAGUGGUAUGCACCAAUUGUCCUACUGGUACCACUGGUAAAAGAUGUGAGCUUUGUGACGAUGGCUACUUUGGAGAUCCUCUGGGUAGAAACGGCCCUGUGAGGCUUUGUCGCUUGUGCCAGUGUAAUGACAACAUCGAUCCUAAUGCAGUUGGAAAUUGCAAUCGCUUGACAGGAGAAUGCCUGAAAUGCAUAUAUAACACUGCUGGCUUCUACUGUGACCGGUGCAAAGAUGGGUUUUUUGGAAACCCCCUAUCUCCCAAUCCAGCAGACAAAUGCAAAGCCUGUGAUUGUAAUCCAUAUGGUACUGUGAGGCAGCAGAGUAGCUGUAACCCUGUGACUGGACAGUGUGAAUGUUCGCCUCACGUGACAGGCAGGGACUGUGGCACUUGUGACCCUGGAUUCUAUAACCUACAGAGUGGGCAAGGCUGUGAGAGGUGUGACUGCCAUGCUUUGGGUUCCACCAAUGGCCAGUGUGACAUCCUCACUGGCCAGUGUGAGUGCCAGCCAGGCAUCACCGGUCAGCACUGUGAGCGGUGUGAGGUCCACCACUUCGGGUUUGGACCUGAAGGCUGCAAACCCUGUGACUGUCACCCUGAGGGGUCUCUUACACUGCAGUGCAAAGAUGAUGGUCACUGUGAAUGCAAAGAAGGCUUUGUGGGAAAUCGCUGUGACCAAUGUGAAGAAAACUAUUUCUACAAUCGGUCUUGGCCUGGCUGCCAGGAAUGUCCAGCAUGUUACCGGCUGGUGAAGGAUAAGGUUGCUGAUCACCGAGUGAAACUGCAGGAAUUAGAGGGUCUCAUAGCAAACCUUGGAACCGGGGAUGAGAUGGUGACAGAUCAAGCCUUUGAAGACAGACUUAAGGAAGCAGAAAGAGAGGUGAUGGACCUUCUUCGUGAGGCCCAGGAUGUCAAAGAUGUAGACCAAAAUUUGAUGGAUCGCCUCCAGAGAGUGAAUAACACUCUGUCCAGCCAAAUUAGCCGUUUACAGAACAUUCGGAAUACCAUAGAAGAAACUGGGAAUUUGGCUGAACAAGCACGUGCCCGGGUGGAGGGCACAGAAAGGUUGAUUGAAAUUGCAUCCAGGGAACUUGAGAAAGCUAAAGUUGCUGUUGCCAAUGUGUCAAUCACUCAGCCAGAGUCUACAGGGGACCCAAACAACAUGACUCUUUUGGCAGAAGAGGCACGAAAGCUUGCUGAACGCCAUAAACAAGAAGCUGAUGACAUUGUACGAGUGGCAAAGACAGCCAAUGCUACAUCAACUGAGGCAUAUAAUCUGCUUUUGAAGACAUUGGCAGGAGAAAAUCAAACAGCAUUUGAGAUUGAAGAGCUUAAUAAGAAAUAUGAGCAAGCAAAGAACAUUUCACAAGAUCUGGAAAAGCAAGCUGCCCGAGUACUUGAGGAGGCCAAAAGGGCUGGUGAUAAAGCUGUGGAGAUCUAUGCCAGUGUUGCUCAGCUGACCCCUGUGGAUUCGGAAGCACUGGAGAAUGAGGCAAAUAAAAUAAAGAAACAAGCUGAGGAUCUGGACCGCCUGAUUGACCAGAAGCUAAGAGAUUAUGAGGACCUCAGAGAAGACAUGAGAGGGAAGGAGCUCGAAGUAAAGAACCUUUUGGAGAAAGGAAAGAUUGAACAGCAGACUGCUGACCAACUCCUAGCCCGAGCAGAUGCUGCCAAGGCUCUUGCUGAAGAAGCUGCUAAAAAGGGACGAAAUACCUUACAAGAAGCCAAUGAUAUCCUCAACAACCUGAAAGAUUUUGAUAGACGAGUGAACGAUAACAAGACCGCUGCAGAGGAGGCACUGAGGAGGAUCCCUGCCAUCAACCAGACGAUCAGUGAAGCCAAUGAGAAGACGCGGGAAGCACAGCUGGCUCUGGGCAAUGCUGCUGCGGAUGCCACGGAAGCCAAGAACAAGGCCCACGAGGCAGAGAAGAUCGCCAGUGCCGUACAAAAGAAUGCCACUAGUACCAAGGCAGAAGCAGAAAGGACUUUUGCAGAAGUUACAGAUCUGGAUAAAGAGGUGAACGAUAUGUUGAAACAACUACAGGAAGCAGAAAAGGAGCUGAAGAGGAAACAAGAUGAUGCUGACCAGGAUAUGAUGAUGGCAGGGAUGGCUUCACAGGCUGCUCAAGAAGCAGACAUCAAUGCCAGAAAGGCCAAGAACUCCAUUACCAGCCUCCUCAAUACUAUUAAUGAACUCUUAGGGCAGCUGGGGCAGCUAGACACUGUAGACCUGAACAAGUUAAAUGAGAUUGAAGGCACUCUAAACAAAGCCAAAGACGAAAUGAAGGUCAGCGAUCUAGACAGAAAAGUGUCUGACUUGGAAAAUGAAGCCAAGAAGCAGGAGGCUGCCAUCAUGGACUACAACAGAGAUAUUGAGGAGAUAAUGAAGGAUAUUCGCAACCUGGAAGACAUCAAGAAGACCUUGCCAUCUGGCUGCUUCAACACCCCGUCCAUUGAAAAGCCCUAGUGUCGUCUUCAAGAGCUGGAAGGCAGCACCCCCUUGACAGAGGAGCAAUUGUAAGGCCACAGAGUGCCUUAACGCAAAGAUUACAUUUUUUCAGAACCCCACGUCUCUGCGGCUCUCCAUCACUGUCCUUUUGAACUAGGAAAAGUCACAAUGUUUAAAGAGAAGCAAAUUAAACAUCCUCAAUUAGGAACAAAGGGUUUUAUCUAGGAAAGUCUCUCGUCC